AUGGCGGAACCAAGUCGAUGUGCAUGGUCUAGUCAUGGCAAUGCACUAUGCAAUGACUAUCAUGAUACCGAGUGGGGUGUACCUGUACAUGAUGAUGCUAAAUUAUUUGAAAUGCUCAUCUUAGAAGGUGCUCAAGCUGGCCUCAAUUGGAAUACGAUCUUGAGAAAACGUGAUGGAUACCGUCGUGCUUUUCACAAAUUUAAUGUUAAAAAAGUAGCUGCCAUGAAGGAUAAGCAGUUAGAAUCGCUAUUACACAAUCCAGAUAUUAUUCGUAAUCGUUUAAAAGUCUAUUCUGUACGUAAAAACGCAAAGGCGUUUAUAGCUAUCCAAAAUGAGUUUGGUUCUUUUGACAGUUAUGUCUGGCAAUUUGUUGACGGCAAGCCUGUUAUAGGAAAUCGAAAAAAAAUCCAAGAUUUGCAGUCAAAGUCCGAUAUCAGUGAUGCUAUUUCCAAAGAUUUGAAAAAGCGUGGCAUGAGCUUUGUUGGUUCAACCAUCAUGUAUGCUUUUAUGCAAGCUGUAGGGCUAGUGAACGAUCACACUACCAAUUGCUUUCGAUAUCGUCAAUUAGUGAAUAAAAAAUAA